CGAUACCGUCCGUAUUAUACAUUAACGACUCCCCAAACUUCCUCUCCGGACGCACCCCCUCCGGCACCCCAGCGGCCACCUCCGCCGCCCAUGGAGGCCGCGACGGCGCCCCACCACCGCCUCCUCGCCGCCGUGGACGUGGGCACGAACUCCUUCAAGCUCCUCGUCGCCUGCGCCCUCCCCUCCGGCCGCCUCCUCGCCCUCGACCGCCUCAAGGAGCCCGUCCUCCUCGGUCGCGGCCGCCUCCCCGACGGCUCCCUUUCCCCCGACACCCUCCUCCGUGCCCUCGCCGCCCUUCGCUCCUUCGACGCCGCCCUCCGGCCCCUCCCCCUCCACGGCCCUCCCCGUCUCGUCGCCACCUCUGCCGUCCGCGACGCCCCCAACCGCGCCGACCUCCUCUCUAUCGUCCGCUCUGACCUUGGCCUCGAUGUCGAAGUCCUCUCCGGCGAGGAGGAGGCCCGACUUAUCUACCUCGGCGUCCUCCAAUUCCUCCCCGUCUACGGGAAAUCCGUGCUCACCGUUGACAUCGGCGGGGGUUCUACCGAAUUCGUCGUCGGGAAGCGCGGGGAGGUUCAAUUCGCGACCUCCCUGAACCUAGGACACGUUUCUCUGACCGAAUCCUUCAUCAAAAAUGGAACUUUGGUUGAUCUCCGCCGCCACAUCCGGUCGGCACUCCGCCAAUCGCCACUCAUCAAGAUCAGGGAGCUCGGAUUCGAGGUCGCCGUCGGGUCCUCGGGAACUAUCCGGUCGAUAGAAAGGGCGAUCUUUCUUAGUGGCUACGACGAUCUUAUGAGCAGCAGAGAAUUCAGCAGGGAGUGGAGGUUCAGUCGAGAGGAUUUGAGGCUUCUUGUUGACAAGCUUCUUGGAUUGGGGUUGGGAGACGUGGAGGGAGUGAGGAGAUUAGGGUUUUCAAAGAAGAGAGGGGAGUUUAUAGUUGCUGGCGGUGUCUUGUUGCUGGAAAUCUUUGAAGCUCUUGGCAUUGAGAAUAUGGAGGUCUCUGGGUAUGCACUGGGGGAAGGGGUUAUCUCUGAGAUGCUUGCAAGCGAGUGCAUGGAUUUUGAUGUGAAUGCUAAUGUUCGUUGGCAAUCGGUGAUCGGCCUUGCAAUGAGAUUUGACAGUGAUAACAGGAUGAAAUUGGCUGCACGGUGUGUUGGCAUUGCCAAGGAGCUUUUUGAUGGUAUUAGAAGAUGUGGUGACCUCACGAAUUGCUUGAGUAAAGCUGCAAUUUGUUUGGAUGAAAAAGAUUUUGAGUACCUCGAAGCUGCAAUCUUGCUUCAUAAUAUUGGACUACUCAUCGACAAGAAGGGCUAUCACAAACGCUCAUACAAGAUAAUCAAGAAUGGUGGGCAUCUUCAUGGUUACAGUUCUGAAGAGAUAGAGAUUGUUGCUCUACUUGCUAGAUUUCACAGGAAAAAGUUUCCAAGAGCUGAUCAGGGCUCUCUAAAAGAAUGUUCAGAGGAGAUGAAAAAGAAGAUUAGAGUUCUUUGUGCAAUUAUGCGGAUUUCUCUAGCCCUACAAAAAUGCCAAUGCGUGAUAUUUCAAGGACUGGAAAUUUUUCAUACUGGUGGUGUUUUUAAACUGGUACUUAGUAAACUAAAGGACCAUUUGCUAGUUUCUCAUGAUGUGCAGCUGAAAUCAGAAACUAUUGAGGCUGAACUACGGCCAGAGUUGGAUCAUUUUAAAGAGGUAUUCCAGCAAAAAAUCUGCGUCACGAUCUCGAGUGCAAACAUUGAGAAGUCAGCACAGGUACUGUAGCUGCUAUUUAUCCUGUAUGAUUUUAUCAAUGAUGCUGUAAAAACUGUCAGAUCUUGCUUUGUGAAGGAACUAUAGUGAAUCCUGACUCCAGGUUUCACCAAAUGGCAAUUCUACAGAUUUUUAAAACAUCUGGCUGAUGUAAAUACAUGUUUGGAAUGGGAUAUACUAUUUUUUAUUGUGGGGAAGACAAUAAAUGUGCAGAUUUCCCAGCUCAGUUAUGAAGACUAAAACAUGAUCUCUUGAUUCUUUUAUUAGAGGAUGCUAACAAAAAUAGAUGGUAUAGGUUGUCAAAGUUGUUAAGCUAACUCAAAAUUCUAAGAACUGUGUAAAUUGUUUUUUAAAGGCAAUACCAACCCUAAAGUCAUUCUUUUA